AUGGACCCACAGGCUUUUUACGGCAAAAGAAAUAAAAUAGAGAUGCGUCCUCGACGAACAAUCGUCGUAAUUCCAGAGAGCAGCGAGGAUGCAAAUGCAUCAGAUGAUGAGACUUACAGUACUCAAGAUCCUUUACAUAUAAAUGAAGAAAAAGAAAAGUCUUCCUCGGACGGGGAAGAUGAAGAAGAAGAUGAAGAAGGAAAAGAGGAACUGGACCAGCUAUUUCCUGAGUGCACUGAAGAGCAUAUGGAGACGUUAGAAAAUUUUACAGACAAUCAACCUUCUACUUCACAGGCAGCUUCUUCAAGUAAGAAAGAAAAGAAAGAUAAAUUGGUGUGGUCUGAUGACAAUCUUCAGUAUGAUGAAUCCAAUAUUGCUUUUUUGGGAUCUGAAAAUCUUCCAGAUGAAAUAAUGCAGCUAAAUACUCCAAUGGAGUUUUUCAAAUUUCUUUUUCCAUCAUCUGCUGUAAAUUUAAUUGAGGAAGAAAGCAACGUAUACGCAGCACAAAUUUUCCCCGAAAACUUGAAUUCAGUGACACAUAAAGACAUUUAUAAAUUUAUUGGUAUUAUUAUCUACAUGUCGGUAGUACACCUGCCAACUACUCGUCAUUACUGGAAGGAGGACACAUAUGUUGAAAAAGUUGCAAAUGUUAUGACGUGCAAUAAAUUCGAAGAGAUUAAAAGAUUUCUGUAUUUUUUCGACAAAACAAAAGAACUAAAACCAUAUGACCCGCAGUUUGAUAGACUUCAUAAAAUACGCCCACUUAUGAAAAUCCUACGCGAAAGACUGCUAAAAGUGCCGAAAGAGGAAUUUUUGUCCAUUGACGAACAGAUGAUCCCUACUAAGGCCCGAACUUAA